CUGGGCAGUUUCAGUGCUUUCUGAGCAAGGGUUUCAUCUAAUUCGCUGCUUGUUCCCUUUUAAGGGUUUCUUUACCAUCCGGUUCGUACAAUUCCACCCCGAAUCUUCUCUGCACUUCGCUCUCGUUCUCCGAUUCUCCACUCUACAGUUUCCCUUGGUUCCUUCGCGAUCUCUACCGCGGCAUCGCUCAGGCGCCGUUGAAGUUGGACUUUAGUGGUUACAGAUCAGGCGGAACAUUCGAGGCGGAAACGAAGGACGUGAUUUUGAGAGUUGGAGUUUUGUGGGUCCCGUCUGUUGAGAAGUCAGGGUUUUGUCGGCUUGAAUUGGAGCUGAAGCAGGAGAGAAUGGGGAGGAGAGUGGAGUGUUGUUGUUUUGUGUGAUUUGGGUGUGGUGGUGUUUUUGGUGGCGGGAGGAGCGGGGUGGUUAGAUUAAUGUGAAGAAUUGGAGAUCUAGGGUUUACAGGCCUGGGCGUUGAUUUGUGUAUUGGGUCUUGCGAUGGAUGACAGAGAGAUGGUGGAUGCUGCGACUUUAGACCCUGAAUUGUUACAACUCCAAGAGGUGUCGUCGUUUGCGGUGAAAGCGAGUCCACAACUGGCUGACGAGUUGUUUGCUCAGUGGCUUUCGCUUCCGGACACUGGACGACUGGUGAAAUCUUUAAUUAAUGAUGCAAAAGCUGGUGCUUCCUUCAAUGCUUCUGUGAACUGUUCCAGUGCAAAUUCUGCUGCAAAUAAUCCAUUGCCUUCCCUGUUUCCUGCUGGCAGUGCUCCUCCCAUUUCACCAAGAAGCGCGUCCUCUUCUCCACGUGUUUCAAAGCAGAGAACCAGCCCUUCUUCACUAGGCUCUCCACUAAAAUUGGUCACUGAACCAGUUCGAGAACCCAUACCUCAGUUUUACUUUCAAAAUGGUCGUCCACCUCCAAAAGAGCUAAAAGAACAAUGUCUUUCUAGAGUCAAUCACAUUUUUGAUGACCAUUUGGAUGGAUUGCAAAUAAAUGAAGAAAAAUCUUCUUCUCUUGGAUGGAAUAAGUGUUUUUUCUUUGGUGAUGCAGAAUUUAAAUCGGUCACAAAGGACAUAUGCAGACUACCAUCAUUUUUCUCCUCGGCUCUUUUCAGAAAGAUUGAUACCGAUUGCAUUGGAAUAGUGACAAAGGAUGCAUUCAUCAAAUAUUGGGUUGAUGGCAAUAUGCUCACUGCAGAUGCUGCAACACAAAUAUUUAGAAUUCUAAAGCAACCAGAUUGCAAAUACCUUACUCAGGCCGACUUUAAACCUGUUCUGCAAGAUCUUUUGGCUACCCAUCCUGGUUUGGAAUUCUUACAAAGCACACCUGAAUUUCAGGAAAGAUAUGCUGAAACUGUCAUAUACAGAAUAUUUUACUACAUCAAUAGAUCAGGAAAUGGUCGUCUUACUCUCAGGGAGCUGAAACGUGGAAAUUUAAUUGCUGCAAUGCAACAUGCAGAUGAGGAAGAGGAUAUUAACAAAGUUCUGAGGUACUUUUCUUAUGAACACUUCUAUGUUAUAUACUGCAAGUUCUGGGAGCUGGACACAGAUCAUGAUUUCUUGAUUGACAAAGAGAAUCUCAUCAGAUAUGGUAAUCAUGCUCUUACCUACAGGAUCGUUGAUAGAAUAUUUUCACAGGUUCCAAGAAAGUUUACUAGCAAGAUUGAGGGGAAGAUGGGUUAUGAAGAUUUUGUUUACUUCAUGCUGUCAGAGGAGGAUAAGUCAUCAGAGCCUGGUCUUGAAUAUUGGUUCAAGUGCAUAGAUUUGGAUGGAAAUGGAGUGCUUACACUGAAUGAAAUGCAGUUCUUUUACGAGGAGCAGUUGCAUCGAAUGGAAUGCAUGGCCCAAGAGCCUGUACUAUUUGAGGAUAUCUUAUGUCAGAUAGUUGACAUGAUUGCACCAGAGAGGGAAGAAUAUAUCACCCUACGUGACUUGAAGGGAUGCAAACUUUCUGGAAAUGUUUUCAAUAUUCUUUUCAAUCUUAAUAAGUUCAUGGCUUUUGAAACUCGUGAUCCAUUUCUAAUACGCCAGGAACGAGAGGAUCCAACUUUGACAGAGUGGGACCGCUUUGCACAUAGAGAAUACAUUAGGCUUUCAAUGGAAGAAGAUGGUGAAGAUGUCUCAAAUGGAAGUGCAGAAGUUUGGGAUGAAUCACUUGAAGCUCCAUUUUGAGUUUGAUGAGUUGCCUACACGAACGCUGCUAAUGCUUCUUGAGCUUGGGCAUCGAAUGAAGAAACAACAGUUACCUGGAAAUACUCCUUGAAUGAAAACUCAGCAUGGUCUGCAUACAUCAUCCGAACUUGGUCAUGUAAUCCUCAAGUAUGCUUUCAUCUGGAAGGUAAUAUAAUUGCAUUUUUGCAAUUAAUGCAAAGCUGCACUCUGGAUUGCUACAGUGAAAUCUGUCUACAAAGAGAAUGCCAGUUGCUUCAUUGCAAAGGGUGGCUGAGUUGCUGACUGGUGAUUAUUCACCAUCCAGAACAAUAGUCAAGACUAUUGUUAUUCAAAUUUUUUUUAGGAAUCAGCUUCAUGUCCGUUGCUUUCUUUCCUCCUAGCAGCGGCGAAUGGUGGAAUGUGGCUGGCAUGGCAUGUUUGUCUUCCCUGCUAUGAUGGUAGGUAUAUUUUAGUCCUUUUUUCCUUUGUUUUUGCUUGUCCUUUCACCCCCUCCCCCCCUUCUGCAUGUGGUAUCUGGAUUGUGUUUAUAUGUUGUUUUAUUGGAUUUAUGAUGGAAAAGAAAUUGGGGGGAAAUUCUUUGGGUUGGUUGCAAGAAGACGAGAAAGAGACAACAAAAGAAAAAUGUUACUGCAAUUUGUUGUAGAAAAAUAUGUGGCUGCUGAAUUCCAAAAUUUCUAUGUAAGUCAUGAUAACAUCCAUGAGUUGUGUUCAUAAAAGUGCUUCCUUAUAAUAUACUUACGAAUUUGA